ACCUAUCUGGACUCUGAUCAUGCCGUUGUUUGCGUUAAUCUUACCUUACUUUUCAGUGGCCAAGAAAUUCAUCGCCCUAAACGGAUUGAUGUCAGUAAAUUGGUUGCAGCUUCUGUUGCAACUAAAUAUCAAACCGAGCUAGGUUUAAGGCUAGCUAACAUCCCACCGAAAAGUAUAGAUGGGCAUUGGUUCCAGUUGCAAGACGCCAUGGAAACGGCGAGUAAAGUCUCUUGCGGCUUCGCGAAACGUCUCGCUUAUAAGCAUUGUUUCUUCAGGUUCCUUACAACUCAUCGGGACCCAUCGGUCUACCCUGGGUGACCGUGAGUUUGACCACAGACGAAGGAUGUUGCGUAAUGAAAUUGGACAAAGCUUGUGUAAGGAUCGUGAAGCCUGGUGGUCGGAACGUGCCUAUGAGUUGGAAGCAGCAACUGCAUCUGGUAACUGCCGGAAGUCCUUUCAACUUAUCCGAGGCACUGGCAACAAGAAAUCUGGUGUGAGCGAGACAAUCUGUGAAGAUGACGGGAUACCAAUCACUAACAUCUAUCGAUGUCUUGGACGAUCGGCAGAGUUUUCUGAGGGGCAGUUCAAGUGGUCUGUUGCCCCGCCAACAUCUAUCAGAUUGUCCUGCGCUCCAUGGCCUGUGACGAAUGAUCCACCAAAUGAGGCGAAAGUCCGCGAGGAACUACAACUCGUAUUUAUUAUUUAUUGUUAUUUAUUUUAACAGAGAUGUUGGUAAAACGAGGCACCAAAUGCAUACGCGCCACGCAAAUUUCAUUCGAUAUAUGUGGGGGCUGUGAUACUGCCCGGGUGCC